AUUUCCAAGGAAAAGGACUGCAGACAGAUGUUUCUGGUAUAAAGCAAAAUGAAGAAAUGUUCAAACUAAUUCAGUUAAGACAGCUUUAAAGAUGAGUUCCAGAGUGUCAGGUGAUCUGGAGAAAGAGGAGGAGGCAGAGGAGGAAGAAGACGAAGAAGAAGAAGAAGAAGAAGAGAGCAGCAACCCGACGGAGGUGAAAAUGUGCCAGAUAGUGAUGCCCUGUCACAGCAACCAUCGACAGGAGCUGAGUGUGGGACAGCUGCUCAAAUGGAUGGACUCAUCUGCCUGCCUCUCCGCUGAACGGCAUGCUGGGUGUUCCUGCGUCACCGCCUCCAUGGAUGACAUCCACUUUGAACAUACCAUCAGCGUGGGCCAGGUGGUGAACAUCAAGGCAAAGGUCAACAGAGCCUUUAACACCAGUAUGGAGGUGGGCAUACAGGUGAGCUGUGAGGACCUGUUCUUGGAUCGGCACUGGAAGGUUUGUCACGCCUACGCCACCUUUGUUACCCAGCGCUCAAACACAGGAAAAAAGGUGAUCUUGAAGCCCAUCGUACCUCACACUGAGAAAGAGCAGGUAGAACACAGCGUGGCAGCUGAGAGACGGAGGGUCAGGAUGCUACACGAUGACAUCAUCAAAGAUCUGCUCUCCAGUGGGUCUAACCUGCAGGCUGACAACUUGGCAGUAGGCAAUGCGGUGGCAGCAGAGAAGACCAAGGUGGAGAGUGUCGAACUGGUUCUACCCCCACAUGCUAACCACCAGGUGAAUACGUUUGGAGGACAGAUCAUGGCCUGGAUGGUGAACGUAGCUACAAUUGCUGCCAGUCGUCUAUGUCAGGCUCAUCCGACUCUUCGGACCAUCGACAUGUUCACCUUCAGAGGACCUUCUCAGGUUGGAGACAGACUGCUGCUGAGGGCUAUAGUCAACAACGCCUUCAAAAACAGCAUGGAGGUGGGGGUGCGAGCAGAAGCCGACCAGGACGAAGGGCCUAACCGACACAUAAACUCUGCCUUCAUGACCUUUGAGGUGCUCGACGACCACAGGAGGCCAUGUACGUUACCACGGAUACGACCCGAACCCUUGGAAGGGGGGAGGAGGUUUCAAGAGGCCAUAGCCAGGAAAAAGAUCAGACUGGACAGAAAGUACAUCAUUUCCCACAAGCAGGGCGAGGUCCCAUUGUCUGUGCCCUGGGACCCCAGAAACCAGGUGUAUCUGAGCUAUAACAAUGUUUCAGCUCUGAAGAUGUUGGCUGCUAGAAACAACUGGAGACUGAGCUCUGAGAAAGACAAGGUUCGUCUAUACACCCUGGAGCAGAAGUCCACGUUGAGUUUCAGGGUGGAGGCAAAGGUGGAUGUUCCUGCCCACAGAGCUUUCUGUCUGCUGGCUGAGCUGAGCAACAGGACGAGCUGGGACACACAUUAUCAGAAAUGUGAGCUGAUUCACCGUGUGGACGAUGACGACUUCCUGUAUCGAGUGGUGACGCCAUCAGUGAGUCACAGUGCAGUAGGUUCACCGACUUCAGCCCAUCAGGGAGAAGGGAUGCUCCAGGACUUCAUCUUGUUGGCUUCCAAGAGGAAGCCGUGUGGCAGUGGAGAUCCAUACGUCAUCGCACUGCGCUCAGUGUCCCUGCCCACUCACCCUCCCACUGAAGGGUACAACAGAGGAGAGGUUCUGUGUGCUGGAUUUACCAUUCUGGAGACCAAAAACAACAUGUCACUGAUCAGUUACUAUAACCAGGCGUCUCCAGAGGUUCUUCCUUACAUCUCCACAGACAUCGCCGGCCUCUCCUCCUCUUUCUACCACACCUUCUGCUCCUGCAGCCAAUACCUGACCAGGAACAGACUGGAGCCCGCCUCUGAGCUGCAGACGGGCCAUUACCAGGCUACGAAUGCAGACAGUCCCACCAGUGAUAUUGAAGCUGACAGUCUGUCAGUGGCCCUCCACAGCACCUCGCUGUAGUCAGUCAGUGAGACUCCCCAGGCCAGUUUACUUCCACAGCGUAGUGAGGUCAAGCUGCUGUUCAUACAACAUGGUACUAUUAACACUGUCACAAGUGCCCUCAGUGAACUAAAGGUGAUAUUUACAUUCAACAAAAGUUCACUGUUACGUUGAUUUGUUAUACAAAGAUAUAAUAAUAUACAAAUUAAAGAUCACAAUAAUGUGAGUAAAGAAAUAACGAUGUCUUAGAAACUUGAAUGUUAACUCUCAUAUUCAAUAUUAAUUAUUGUGAUGAAAAUGAAACAUUGUCACAAAUGGCCAGAUCAUAUUUUUUGAGUUUGCAGAUUUAAGUGACGAGAGAGCACAAAAAAAAAAAAAAAAAAAGAUGUCUCAUGAAUAUACACAAAUUAAUGCUUU